AUGGCCUCUAGAGAAGGAAAACAACCCAAAGUGGACGUUCAACUAUCUCUUGGACCUCAAGUUCGUCAAGAUGAAAUACUUUUCGGUGUAGCUAAUAUUUUCGCUAUUUUCAAUGAAACAUUUGUUCAUGUUACUGUCUUGUCUGGAAGAGAAACUAUCUCCAGACUCACUGGAGGUAUGAAAGUCGAAGCUGACAGAGAUGAACCUUUUUCCUACGCUGCUAUAUUAGCUGACCAGGAUGUAGCUGAAUAA